AAUAAUAAAAAAGAAAUGCUGUGGCUCCUAAAACGAAAAAGGCACUGUUCAUCCUCGCCGGUGUGUGGCGCUGCGGCGGCAGAUCGGCUUUUGACGAACCUGCGCGAUGAUCACCGAAGAACCGUAAACAAAGAGAUCCAGCAGAACGGGGUCACGGAACCACGGCUGCCGCUGCUAAAACAUCAGCUUGAAAGCAGGACACGUUGUUGGUCGAGCAUGCCCAGUAACACGGCUCAACUCCUGGAGUCAGAUGACACCGAACCGGACCUCCCGGUACCGGUACAUAACCUGAGCGGGUUGAGCCUCCGGGAUGAAGAGAGUCCAUCAGAACUACACGAUACUUCUCAUCUGGGAGUCCUGGGUGCGGUUUUGGACCUCCAGCCCUUGUCCCAAACUGGAUCAGAGGAGGAAAACACCACCACCACUAACAAUAACAACAUCAUCAGACAUGAGGCUGAUCUGGACCAGCUGAGGGCCCGAGCCCUAGCGGCCAUGGAGGCCCCGGGGACCGGAGGGCUCUUCCAGGAUGGGCCGGGCGAGUCCCAGGCUUACCAGGUUCAGGGGAACAUGAUGAUGGCGAUGAUGAUGAUGCAGGAGGGUGAAAGGUGUGCGCUCAACGCCAGAAGGAAGAGCGUUAACACAACGGAGUGUGUGAUGGUGCCCACAUCUGAACAUGUGGCGGAAAUAGUUGGUCGGCAGGGUUGCAAAAUCAAAGCUCUGAGAGCAAAGACCAACACUUACAUCAAAACCCCAGUGAGAGGAGAGGAACCAGUGUUCGUGGUGACCGGCCGGAAGGAGGACGUCAUCAUGGCCAAGCGCGAGAUUCUGUCCGCCGCCGAGCAUUUUUCCCUCAUCCGGGCAUCUCGGAACAAAGCGGCGCCGACGAACAGCAUUCCUUGCCAUCCGGGACAGACCACCAUCCAGGUCCGCGUGCCGUAUCGAAUGGUCGGGCUCGUGGUGGGGCCGAAAGGAGCGACUAUCAAGAGGAUCCAGCAGCAAACCCACACCUACAUCGUCACUCCAAGCCGCGACAAAGAACCGGUCUUCGAGGUGACCGGGAUGCCCGAGAACGUGGACCGAGCUCGGGAGGAGAUCGAGGCUCAUAUCGCCAUGCGCACCGCGGGAAGCGUGGACACCACCACGGACGAUGACGACUUCCACUACAACGGCACCGACGUCGGUUUCGAGUCGGGCGGCGGCGGAGCCUGGCUCUUCUCCGGCGGCGUCUCUAACUUCCACAGCAACGCCGCAGGCUUCCGCAACGACAGCUCCAGCUCGCUCGGAAGCACCUCCAGCGAGUCCCACUACAGCGGGAAGGGCAGUCCCGGCAGCGGCGGAGGCACGUUCUGGUUCGGCGAUUCCCAGUUGCCUUUGGGAUCCGAAGAUCCCGCGGGAUACGACGGGCUGACGAUGACCCCCCCGGCACCGUGGAGCGCCCUCGAGCGGGGAGGGGCGAGCUUGCCCACCACGCCGAGGCUCUCCCCGUCCAUCCUGGCCCGCCUGUCCCCGUCCCUUCCGGAGGAUCACCCGCUGGUUCGGUUGGUGCAGGAGAAUUCCCAGAGCCUCCCGGCCUUCGCUUCUGCGUUUUCCCCGUGUAGCGACAGCACGGGCUCCAGCUCUCCGCCGGACGUGCGCUCUUACCCCAAACACAGCCAACUUCCUGCGUGCGUACGCUGCGGAGACAACAUGGCGGCGCUCGUCCUGGGCGGGCAAAACCUCGUUUGCUUGGAGUGCUCCAACUCCAUCCUGCAAAACGCAUAGAGAGAAGUAAAAAGCUGGGAUGGGGAGGAGUAAACUGGGUUCAUUUUUUUUAUUAUUAUUACGUUGAAAUAAGUGGGAAAUGCAGGUUUUUGAUUAACACCACCGUCGAGUUCAUCUCAAAGAUUUGCGUUGAGCUGCGGCGAGCAGCGCUGGGGUUUAGCAGUGCUAAAUUGCCUUCACUCGUGUUUUUUUGAUGUUUCGUUUUCAAAGUAUCGACUUAUUUGUUUACAUUUUCAUGUGCCUGAUUCCAUGACGGUGGCGGUAUGGAUUGGCGAUGUUGCUGCGAAAGCAUCUGUGGCCUUUAGUUUCUGUUUCACAACACUAGAGUUGAGCUUGUCCUGUAUCUCCGUACGCAGUCGACGGGCGUUGCAUGUCCUUGUUAAAGGAAUAGGUCACCCUAAAAUUUAAAUUUGGUGAAAAUGUAGUCGCCUUCGGGCCGUCCGAGAUGCAGGUGGGUUUGUUUCUUCAUCAGAAAAGAUUUGGAGAAAUUUUGAGUUGCAUCGCUUGAUCUCCUAUGAAGAAAGCGUGGGCUUUUAUUCUAGGUGUUUGUGACGUCUCGAUGAUGGAUUUGAUGAUUCCGACGGCACCCAUUCACUGCAGAGGAUCCAGUGCCACAUUUCUCCAGAUCUGUUUUGAUAAGGAAAACAAACUCGUUUACAUCUCGGAUGGCAUAAAGGUGACUACAUUUUUCGGAAAUUUAAGGAUUUCUUUAAAUGUGAGCAAAAUGAAUUUGCACGAAUGAAUUGCUCGUAAAUCAAUUCGCGAAUAAAUCACUGUCCAAUCACACGCAGGUAGUUUUUAUAGAUCAAUUUAAACGUUGCUUGCGUUUCAAACCACUUACAUGCUUUCAUCCACGUUUUUAUGCAAAAUGUGGGAUAUCAUUUAUAUAUAGAUAUAUAUAAAAUUUAGAUGGAAGUGCCAAGAUCUGUGCUAUUUUAUAAUUUUUUUAAAUUAUGCGCAUAGAACAUGAACGUGCUCAGUCGAGGUGUCUAGAUCUUUGUGGCGGGAGUAGAAUGUGCGCAAAUUAUGAUGGGAAAAAUUGACCAAAUUCAUGGACGUGCAAUAAACAAGGUCGGCACACAAUUUAAACGUCAGGCUUCUCCAAAAGCACUAACUCUUUAUUUGAUCUUUUUUUUUUUUUUCAGAAUUUAUUCUUUUGAACGCAUGGUGUUUUAUCGUCAAAUAUUUUAAGUAUAAUUCACAACUUUCGAUGGGAACAUUAACUAAAGGGGCCCUUUCUCGUAGGUUGCGUUAUAGUACGUGUUCAAUCAAAGACUCCUCUCUUUGCCUUAAAUGAAUGUGUCCUGCCAGGACAUCGCAUGGUGUCGUACCGAGAGGAACAUGUCGUUUAGGACCUAAGAGGAGAGAUUUUGUCAUAAACAAUGUUGUAUGAAUUUUUCCAAAUGUAGGCUUACGCGGCUGCUUGCGCCUUUUUUCCGCAAACUCCACUAAACUCAGAGAAACUAAGGCUUCAGAGAUCCAUAGCCUCUCAAGAUUCACCUUGAAAAGGUUUUUUUUUUUUUUUUUUUUUACGAUUUUGUAGUAUUUCUGUAGUUUAUAUUUCAUAUUCAAAUAUAUAUAUUAAGACUGGCGAGCAGUCGGCUGCCGUAAGUAUUAGCUUGUAGAGUAUUGAUGUUAGGUACUAUAGAGCAGGAAAGAGCACACCUGCAUGUUUUAUUAUCUAACGAUUCCUGAACCGCAACAAAAAAAGCCAAGGAUCCAAUAUAAAUAUAUAUAUAUAUAUACGCUGCAUUAGGUCUGCAUACUACCACGUUAUGAACAAAGUAAAAGUCCUAAGUUAAACACGACUAGGAAUUUUAUGUUUAUAGGAGGGAUUUUUUUACCAUCACACUGCAACAAUGUUUCUGUAUUUGAUAAUUUUACUGUUCUUUUAAUAUGUAUAUACAUUUAUGCAGGGACAUGAAGGCAUAUAAGUUGUAUUCUUAAAGUUUAAAAUAUAUUUUAUGAUAAAUGGCCUUACUGUCCUGUGGCCAAAGCACUGAUAUUAUAUAUUUGCUGUAAAAAAGAAUCAAGAUUUUUAUUUUUCUGAUAUUAAAAGUUCCUUAAUAAAUUGUUUCGUUUAAAACCUA